GGAUGCGUGCGGACAUCAAUUGUGACAAACGGAUGAUCUUGGGUUUGGUCUCCUUUGGAUGGUGCACGGCUAUAGCGAGCGCCCUUGCCGUGGUGUACGGGAUGUACGGGGUGUACAACGGGACCGUCCUGUCCUACUCAGCCAACAUGGUCUUCAUGACUGUUCACCGAACGGUCUGGGCCAUGGCGGUGGGUUGGAUGGUAGUCGCCUGUCACCAUGGAUUUGGAGGGAUUGUCAACACUGUCCUAUCCUGGAACUUUUGGAUACCCCUUAGCCGUCUGACGUACUCCGCCUACCUGAUACACCCCAUCGUGAUCUUCCUGACCUACCACACUGCCGAGGCUACCCUACAUCUAACCACAUUGAACAUGAUUCACUUCUUUCUUGGCCAUCUGGUGCUCUCGUAUGGACUGUCCGUGCUAGUAUUUGUGUCCGUGGAGCUCCCAACAAUGAGUCUGAUGAAGAUAGCCACUAGCACUGGACACAGUGACCAAACCAACCAACCCCGCUCUUCAGAUUACAAAAGACUACCAUGAAGAUAUAA